UGCCUAUUCAAUGGACGAAUCAAAGAAAAAAAUUGUGUCAAAGUUUUAAAAAUCCUGGGGAGACGGCUCAAGUUAAUUUGAUUUAUGAUAACAUCGAUUAUGUAUUUAUUAGGGGUAGCAGACUUGUUUUAACUGUUUCAUAAUUUUAUUCUUAACAUAUAAAAAUAAAAAUGAGGUAAAACGAUGAGUUCACCUUCUGCUGUUGUAUGCCGUGAAGUUUUUGAUGAAAACAGUCAGCCAUCAGUCGAGGAAAUCUGCGAGUAUGCCCAGCAGUUGGGAAUUGAUCCUGAGAGCGAAAGCCACCUUUUACCACUUGCGCGCGAUGGACUUAUGCAGGCACUGCCCCAUCAGUGGAAAGCAUAUUAUGAUGAAAAACUCCAAACUCAUUACUACUAUAACGAAGAGACAAAGAACACUCAAUGGGAGCAUCCUCUGGACAACUUGUACCGGGAACUUGUGAAGAAAGCACGAGAUGCUUCUAUGCAGGAUGAUACAUGUGCUUCAGUUCAGGAACUUCCUACAUCAGAGGAGAACACCAACCAAAGAAACCUCGAGCGACAUGAAACCAAAGUAGAAAGUGAUGAAGAACUAAGUACAGACAGCGAAAACCAGCCAGAAGUCAAGGAAAAUACAAUACAUAAUAAACGACUCACACCUUUAGGUCGGCCACCACUGUCACCACUUACCAAACUAGAUAAGAAACUUGGAGAUAUACAUAUAUCUCCACUGCGGAGAAGCAUAGAAGGAGUACCAAAGUCAAAAUUAGUCCAUCAUACUUCUGACAAAGAUGUGUUUGAUAGAAUGCCAUUUGAGAAACAUAAAAUAAUGUUCAAACAACAUUCUGAGAAUAUAGAUCUUAAGAUGAACGUACAAAGUCCCGAGGAGGAGAAUGUCAAGCUGUUGUUUGGAAGUAAGACUGAUAAGGGAUUGCCAUUGACUGGUAAAGGCAAUAUGUUUUUAAAGCUAUCGAAAUCUGAUCUACCAAGUCCAGAGACUGAGAAGUCUCUACCAUUAGACUCAGUCACAAAGAGCGAUCCACCCAAAGGUAUCCUCAGGGAAUCCAUCUCCGAUAUUAUUAAUCGGAGACCUGAUAAUGUGGGUAGACAAACUGCUAGUUUUGACGAAGACAAGAAGUGUGUCCGGUUCCAGCUGGAGGACGCGGCGGAGUCGGCGGCCAGCCCGGGCUCCAACAGCUCCUCGGAACAGAACGAGCCGCAGAGCUCCGUGGUGUCCGCCCGCCCUCCCCUGCCGCCCAGACCAGCCAAGCCUUCGUCGGACAAGGACUCUACUGGAUUCGACUUGCGGUUAAUAAAAUUUAGUUUAAAAUUAAACACGGAAGCAGGUUCAGCGACAGCGUCGGCGGAGUCGGAGGUCGCAUCCGGGCCGGGCCGCCGAGUAGUCCGGCCGCCGCCCACCGACUACAUCCGGCCCCAGCUCUUCCAGAAGCACUUCCGCAAGAUAGCGGACAUACUGGCCGACCCCGCGCCCGACCCCGCCCCCGACCUCGCCCCCGACGGACCCAGGCCCAGGUCGCCGAUGGUGCCGCUCACUAACAAGAUAUCGAUAAAUCUAAUGGAAAGUAUCGAAUCUGAAACCUCGAUAGACUCACCAGACAGAGAGUUCGCCAACUUGGACCUCAACGACCUCAACGACGCGAACGAGCUGAACGACCUCGACGACUCAAACGAACAGAAAGACCGAAGCGUCUCGAAGGACGAUAGCGACCGCGACUCGGGAAUGUUGAGGUCUCCUCCCGCGGAGCGCGCCGGGCGCGGACAGCCCGCGCACUCAGACGAGCUCCGGGACACUUCUGAGCCCGACCGCUGCCAACCAUCAAAUGAAGGUUUAGCUAAAAAUAAAUCAAGCUCAGAAACAUCCCACACGGCCGCCGCUCCCAGCCCCGCCCCGAACUCCGCCCGAGACAUCAAACCCCUCAAGUAUGAUUUUGCAAAACCUUGGACCCCCUUAUCAAGUUUCCAACCGCAGAAAGCUGUGAUAGCUCCCCAAGUUAAGACCUCGGAGUCCUCGUCUAGCCUAAAAGUUGCCAGUCCGAGGCUGGAUGGAGUCAUCUUGUCUAAUGGGAAUACCAGAUCCGACAACGUAAUGGUCGUGUACCAGUUCGAAACGCAACAGAACUCUUUGUCGAAACCGCUCAGGUCGCCACUGAUACCCGACAUGGGGACUAGAGACUUCAUAGAACGGCACAAGAGCGACGAGAGAAGGAGAUUAGAGUUGGCCUUACAGAAAGAGUUGGAGAGUAUAAGAGUGGAGUGGUCAUUGAGGGAGAAAAAGCUGAGAGCCGAGCUAAAUGAGGAAUUGAGAGAGUCUGAAGAGAGGUUUGUUGCGGAGAAGAGGGUCAGGCUGAACGAACAGGCGGAGAGACAUCGGAGGGAGCUGGAAGAGACGCUCGCGUCCAACGAGCGCCUGCACCGCGCCGCGCUGGAGGCGGCCCGCGCGCAGCUGGAGGCGCGGCGCACAGCGGACGUCCACGCGGCGGAGAACGAGCACGCCAGGGACAUGGAGAGGCUCAAGGAGACCUACCGGGACAAGCGCGACCAGCUCCGCCGGAUGUUGGAAGCAGAGCACGAACAGUGCUUGGAGGAGGUCCGGGAUCAGUUCGCGUCGCAAGUAGAGCGGGAGCGGGCGCGGCUCCGGGACGAGCAGCGCAGCGCCGUGCUGUGUGCGCGGGAGCAGCACCGCGCCGCGCUGGACGCGCUGCGACAGGACUACCGGGCGCAGGUGGAGCGCGUGCGCGGGGAGCACCGCUGCCUGGCGGAGGAGGCUCGGCGGCGGCUGGCGGCGCAGCGGCAGCCCGCGCCCGACAAGUACCGCGCGCUCAAGGACAAGUACACCAGGCUCAAGCACGACGUCAAGAUGUCGAUAGAGCGGCGCAACAAGCGGCGCGAGGCCAGCGCCACCACGGGCUCCGAGACCGACCCGUCCGCCUCGCACCGCACCGCGCGCUCCGCCGACAGAAGCAGAGGCGGGCGCCCCCGGACGGACGACGAGCCGGGGAACCGCAACAGCACCUCGGCGUCCGACGGCCCCGCGCCCCGCAGCGCCGCCGUCCCGGGCCCCUGUGCCACCUUCCCGAUGGAAUCCGAAUCGCGGCGCAAGCACGCGCCCGCCGCGCCGCCCCCCCGCGCCGCCGCCUCCCCGCCCCGCGCCGCGCCCCGCCCGCACGCCGCUCGCGAGACCCCGACGGACCCUCCGGACUCGUCCGACGCGGGCUCGGCGGGCGGGCGCGCCCCCUCCGGGCGCGGCCGCAGGAGGAGCUUCGCGAGGCUCAAGUCGGCUUCCACCUCGCGCCUGCACUGCUCGCCGCGGUGGGCGGGCCCGCUGGAGAGCGUGCGGCAGCAGCUGCGCGCCCUGGACGCGCUGGACGCGCUGGGCUCCCCGGACCAGCCGGCGUACGCGCUGCCCUACCCGUUCCGCGCGGGGGAGGCGGCGCGGCCGGAGCUGGAGUUCGUGCGGCACCGCGCGCUGGUGGAGCGCGAGGGCGUGCGGCGCGCGCGCGGCGUGCUGCGGGCUCGCCGGGCCGCGCUGCUGCAGGAGGGGCGCGAGGGUCGGGAGGAGGAGGAGCGCACGGAGCUGGAGGUGUCGCUGCACCGCGCGCGCGCCGUGCUGGGCGAGAAGGAGAUCCGGCUGCGGCACAUCGAGCGCACGCUCGCCGCCCUCGCCGCGCCCCCCGCCGCGCCCCCCGCCGCGCCCCCCGCCGCGCCCCCCGCCGCGCCCCCCGCCGGCACCCCCCUGCAGAACGGAACGACAUACGGCUGCAGCGCGCGGGACGACAGUGCAAGCGACGCGUCCUCGCCCUUCGAUGACGUCACGCCGCCCGGUGACGUCACGCCGCCCGCCGGCCCCCCGGGGAGCAGCUCGUGCCGCGCCGCGCCGGCCCCCCGCGCGCGCUCGCCCGAGGGCGCGUCCCCCCGCGCGCGUCGCCUGCGCGCCUGGCUCCACUCCCCGCCCUGAGCGCCCGCCACGUGCACCACACUCUAUAUACAAUAUAUCCUGGAUAAGUAUAAGUCUGCGGGAACGCUCAACGUUUCUUAAAAUGUCAUAUUUUGGCCUAAAACUCAACUAACAUUCCCACGGUAGGAUCAUAUCACAAUUUAGGAUAAGUUGGAGAGCAGCGGAGAGCGCCCGCACCGUGACGUCACUGCCGGUGCGACCGCUCAGUCUAGUCUAGAUCUAGUCCAACGGUCUACUGAUGUUUAAACUAUGAAUUAGUAGCUAAUAAAUUUAAUUUUUAUUUGUAAGUCUUUAAUUACGUAAAGGAAAUAUUUUAAUGAGUAUAUAAUCAGAUUGAACCCGUGUGCCACGAAAUGAUUCUGUGUCUGGCGAGCCGGCGGACGAGCCCGGGGGCCGCUGCCGAGGGCGCGCUCGUUACUCAUAGCUAUUCAAUAACUCGAAGGUAGUCUUAUUUAAAGCGCACAAAUUGUAUGAAGAUGUACGGGCCCGUCGAGCACGUGUGCGUUUAAGGCUUAAAUAUAAGAUGCGUUCAGUAUGCCCCUCGGGAAUAGCACUGUGAUAUUAUGUUAGUUAUCUACUUCUAUUCGUACUUAUCUGUAUGUUGUAUUAGUUUAGGAUCUGCCCUUGUGGUAACGUUAUGUGUCCGCCAUUCCGUGACAGCAUACUGAUGUUGGAAUGUACACGUUUUCUGUGCUUAUUCCGUCUAGUCAAAAUAAUAAAUUACUCCAUUUUACAUUGUGAUGUUAUUUUCCCGCGCGUGUGAAGUUUUGUUGUAUAAUCGAGAGACCCGCCGUAGGUCAAAGAUCCCACCGCUAGUUUGUCUCCGCACCGCGUAUCCCAUAGUGGACAAUCACUUUUUAUUUUUAUUUAUUUUUUGACUGGAGAAACAUUUCAAAGAAUGUUUGCUAAUCACAACUAAAUUCUAAUAAAAAUCGUUAAUUAUCAAAAAUUUAAUCAAACAUUUUAACCUCUAUUUGUCCUCAAUUGAUGUCAUCAUUGAGUUCAUUUAAACAGAUAGUUUAGUCUAUAUCUGUGUAUACUCUGUGCUCCAGUCAAAUGUCAAUUUUGUUAAGGACUUUUUGGCGGGAACGCGAGGAGUGAAGUGUGAUUUGUUUUAUUUUAUCUAUUUAGUGUUUCUUCGGGUUUAAAUGUGUAAUAAUGGUGGUUUAUUAACUGUUUAAUAUCUGUGAAAGUGCACAAAUGUGGGAAAAUGAAACAAAGCCGCUGGACGUAACUUCUCGGGAUCCUCCAAAAAGUCCCCUGAAAAGAUCUUAGUAAAUGACCACCAUUUUACUGAGAUUAUAUUUCAUCCCAUAUCAUCCCAUUUCAUUUAAUUUCAUCCCAGUUGAUUAAUGUCUCAAAUUAAUCAUUUUCAUUUCAUUUCACUCCAUAUUAUCAUUGUUCAUAAAAAUAAGAAUAUAAAUUAAAAUAAGACAUGACUUAAAGGUCUUAGUUACCAGGUCAUAAAAUCACUUAAAAAAAAUCAAUUUUGUUAAGAUUUUAUUGAUAACCUCAAAUCACUUCUGCAAAUUGACUAAAAACAUAAAGUUUUUUUGUGAUAAAGACUCUUCAUACACUUCUGCUGAAGUCAUCACCUUGAAAAGUGACAACAUUUUCAAUUAUUAAAAAAUAACCACGAUGAUUAUUAAAAAAAUAUUUUAAUUAGUUUCUUAUAUUGAUUUAUAUUAAUUAAGACUGCGAUCCCAAAAAAAUUUAUAAAAAUGUUGUAUCAGGUCCUAGCUAUUUUAACUCCACUAGUCCUGCUAGUAAAAAAACAGAUAUCCAGUAGGUGUAGACUCUGAACCUUAAAGGGUUAAAAUAACAAUUAAUUCUUAAUCAAUGCCCUUGUGAUUGUCUGCAAAUCUGCAAAAUAUUUUUAUCUUUAGUAAACAUUUCGUGUGCUUCUGAAAAGCAGUUUCAUUGCUUUAUCAUUAGGAUUUUUGUAGGAGUUUUAUUUCGUGUCGUGUCAUGUGUCGCAUCGCAAACAUACUCUUAUGUUUUUUGUAUUCAAAUAAUAAAAUAUACGUUUUAGACUAUAAACAUACGAUGAUUCAGCGUUAUUCUAGUUUAAAUUGCAAUCAUAAAAUUAUUUGUAAUUUAUCAAAUUUCGUCCAGAUUUCAAUACGCUCACUGAUGUAUCAUAAUGCACAUUAUAAUUGUCGUUUCUGCAUUCACUUGUUUAUUUGAAGUGGAAUAUUUAAUGAAGUUUGAACAACGACGACCGCGUAAACACAUUUGUGAGUACAGAUCCAACAGACCUAACAAACAAUCUAGAGAUUAUCCAUGAAAAUAGUUAACAUUUGCUCUUACUUAUUGGAUAAUGUUGUAUAAAAGUUUACACUAAUGCGGGAUUUACAUUACGAAAUUAGUGUCAUGCAUGUUGAGCUCAGUUUCACGAAAGUAGUUUCGAUAUAUGCGAAAGUAAUUUCGUUAAAAAAUUAAUGUCGCGAAAUCCACAGUAUCGCAGUAACCAUGGCGCCUUCAGCAUCAAAGUUAUAAUUUGCUAUAUUCAAUGUAGCUAAAGAAAUGCAUAAAUACUUAUAAACUGAAAAAAAAACUAUAAAAAAAUUUUUAGGUGCAAUGAAGUUAGUCUCUGAAUUAGCAGAUGAAGAUCCUGAGAGUUAUAGAAACUAUUUUCGAAUGAGUGAAGAUAAUUUUGAUUUUUUACUGUAGGUGUUUCGAGUCCCAGAGACACCCUUGUCGCUGAUAUUCAUUAAGAUCUAUUUUUUUUCUGUACUCCAUCGUUGAUUUGCCAUUUUCAACGCUUGAAGCGCGUCCGCACUAACAAUACACGUCCGCACAGCGCAGGCCCUUUCGCGACAUUAGUUUCACGUCGCGUCUACACUAUGAAAUUAGUUGCAUGACACUAAUUUCACCAAAAAAUCGCGCAGUGCACGAAACUAAUUUGCAUGCAUGAAAUUAAUGCAUGCAUUACGAAAGUAUUAAAUUACACGUGAAACUGUUGGUAAAACUAAUGUCACGAAACUAAUUUCAUGCCACUAAUUUCGUAAUGUAAAUUCGCCGUAACAGGAUGUUGAUGCGAUCGUCUUCACUGAUACUAGAAUGUCGUCAAUGUAAUCGAAAAUAAUAUAAAAACCAUCGUGUUGUAUUCGAUAAGUUAAUUUUAAACAAGUAAGAGUUCAAAAUUGUUGUCCACAAGUGUGUUUGAGCGGUGAUAAAUGAAUUUGUCAAAAAUAAUGGUUUAAAUUGUACUAAUUGUAUUCCAAAUACUAAUAACUUAAUAUUAAUAGUUCAAUGAUUCAUUUUUAUGUAAGUACAUUAUAAGGUUUUAAAGUUGGAGUUAUCGGAUAGUAAAAGUGUUUUCAUUGCGAACAAAGCAUUACGCGCGAUGCAACAAUACUGAUCGAACAGUGAACUCAACUUUAACUUGUCUAUCCUUGGUCUACCAGGCUGACGUCACACCAAGUGUCGAAUGUAUGAUGAUGAGCCAAACAAAUAAUUUCCUGUGUGCUUAGUGCGAGUUUUUUAACGUUCUCGAUAGCGUAAAAGUUACCCAAUUUUGUAUGCAGUUGGAACAGCGCCCUUAACGGCAAACGUAGGCAAACGAUCCCACUCCAUACAAAUAUGAGCUAACUUUUGCGCUAUGGAGAAUGUUGAAAAACUCGCACUAAGCACACUGGAGACGUCGCGGCGCCGUGCCCGUAGGACGAUCGGGGUUAAUGCGUAGUGGAUGAAUAGUUACAAAUAAUACAUUGAUUCAAAGCUAUGUUGAGAUGUUUAAGUCUGGCACCCGGGAUCUUAGUCUAAAAUCAAUUAUUGAACUCGCACAGAAUAAAAGAAUACAAGUCGCGAUAAAUAAUAAGCGAGUAACUCCAGCUUGAAAUUAUUUAUUCGUUAAACGAAAUGAAAAUAAAACUUGAGUAAACUAA